AUUGAAUAAACAAGUAUUUUUUAACGUGAAGUAUUGAUACUUUUACGUGAGUGGAGGAUCUAAAUACGUCUCCACCGCUGCCUCUUGGUUUCAGGUCUUCUCACGCAUUGUUUAUGGUUUUCACGGCUUCGUGAUCUGCAGACACAUCAGACUGUUGCCUCUCAAACAACAGGAAAUUGAAAUAGGGCACCGUCUUCUCGCGUGGUUUACUACCCCACCAAAAUAACAAGCGUUGGACUUCCCUCUCUCCUUUAGUGUAGAUACAUAAGCACAGACAUUUCUAUGAUGUCCUCAGCUAGUAGUGUGUGUAGAGGCUGCGUGUGUUAGACCUCACAACUCAAUUGUGUCUGAAACCAUUCCGUGUCUACCCAUCCUCUGUGAUGCUAUGGCCUCUUGAAGCUGCACCUGUCACACUUCAGUUUCUAAAUGUGUCGUCUCUGGAGGUCUUUCACUUCCACUCUUAAGCCAUCCACCCCCAGCUCACUUCAUCACUCCAUAUCAGCACACUUAGGAUACCACUCAUUAACUUCUCUCAGGUUCAUGCAGCUGAAAACAUCACCUCCUCCCUGUUGUAUUUGUUUGUUUAUUCCUUUCUUUAUUUCUUUCUCAGCGGGAUUAUGCACAAAAAAAACGAGGGAACGGAUUUGCAUGAAACCAGAUCAGGCCGAGACAGAAACCAUUGGUUUUAGUCACGCGUCCAGAAAAAAGGUUCAGAUCCAGGAAAAUGUUUCCAUUGUCACCUUUCACCAUUUGUGAAUCUUGAUGCCUGAAUCGGGGGAAAUCUAGGGAACUGAUGUGUAUGAGUGUGUGGUGUGGAGUUAGCAGAGGUCUGAGCUCCUGUUGCUGUUUUAGUUCCAGCUGAGUGACACUGCAUCAUGAGGUUUGUCAUCCAUGAACCUUUGGGGCUUUUAUCAGACUGGAUGUGUUAAAUAUGACCAAUCAGAGUCUGAUUAUUCACAAUAUGAAGAACCAGUGUUGAUCAUUUUCUUUUUGACCAUCAGAAGUGACAGGUUCACUGUCAGUUCAGCUUUGACCCACAGUGAACUUCAGUUUCUCACACAUGAGCCUGAAAAACACACAUGUAACAAACCCGAUGCUCUGGGUGUGUAAACCUGAGCCACACAAGGGUUUGCCUCUUCAGUUCUCUGUGUGAACAUGUGACUUCCUCUCAGCUUGUGCAGCUUGGCUGCAGCUUCCUCUGAGUGUUUUCAAUCUCUUGGCACAGCGACACAAACUCGGAGCGAUUGACACCGGUGCAGAUUUCCCUCCCGACCGUUUGUCCUGACAGACCUGACGAGCACGGAGCAAGAUGUUGAGGCGAAAGCCUUCAAAUGCAUCCGAGAAGGAGCAGGUGCAGCCGAAGAAGAAGCUCACCCUGCAGAGGUCCAGCAGCUUCAAGGACUUCAUGAAGCACAAGCCCACCUCUCCUGUUGUGUCGGAGAAGGAGUUCACACUGGAGGAGAAUGUCACAGAGGAUUUUCCACCAGAGGAAGCCGUGAAAAGUGGCAGCAAACUGGGGAAGAAAUGGCGAAACGUCAUCUCACGCACGAUGACCCGCAAGACGUCCAAGAUGGUGCAGAAGGCUCUGGCUGAGGAGGGGGGGGAGUCCGGAGAGGAGACGUCUCCCAUCUCUGAUUGGCUUCCGGUUCUGAGCGCAGGACAGAGGACGUCUGUUUGCUCCUCGGGGUCAGAGGACACCCUGCCCAGUCCCGUCUCCCGCCAGCUCUCAGGCAGUAGUGACAGACAGAGCCUGGACAGUGGAUACUGUCAGAGGGACAGCAUGAGGCUGGAGGAGAGCGGCGUCUCUUACACCGGGCCGUUCUGUGGUCGAGCUGUGGUUCACACUGACUUCACCCCCAGCCCCUACGACAUGGAGUCACUGAAACUCCAGAAAGGAGACAUCAUCUACAUCAUCGAGAAGCCCCCUGUAGGGACUUGGACCGGGAAGCUCAACAACAAGAUGGGCUCCUUCAAGUUCAUCUACGUCAACCUCCUGCCUGACGAGAGCCCCCCGGUCAGGAGGAGACGCUGCGGCAGCAAAAGCCAACGAGUCAGGUCCAAACCCAAAACCCUGGAGGAGGUGCUGGACAGCAUGGGCCUGACGGAGCUGAGUUCUUUACUGUCCAUGCACGGGUUCCAGAGUCUGGAGGACUUUGCAGGACUGAAGGAGUCUCACCUGAACGAGCUGAACAUCACUGAUCCAGAGCAGCGCUCCAAGAUCCUGAGCGCCAGCGAGCUGCUCAGAGACUCUGAAGAUGAGUCGGAGGCAGAGGAGGAGGAGUACAGAUCUGCAGAGGAGGCCAAGGAGCCCAGGGACUCGGGCUGUUUUGAGAUCUUGGAGAACCUGGACAGUGGACGUGAGGAGGUGAAAAGAGAGGAGGAGCUGCAGAAUGGACUUGAGGAUGUGAAGAGUGUGGAGGAGCUGCAGAUUGAAGCAUCGGAGGAGCAGAUGGAUGAAGGAGCAGAGAAACACGAGCAGGAGGAAGUGGAAGAGGAGACACAGACAGAGCAGAUGGAGGAGGUUCAGCUGGAGGGGGUUCAGGAGCAUCCAGAGGAAGUUCAGGAGCAGCUUGAGAAGGUUCAGGAGCAGCUGGAGGAGGUUCAGCUUGAGGAGGUUCAGGAGCAUGCUGCGGAGGUUCAGGAGCAGCUUGAGGAGGUUCAGGAGCAGCUGGAGGAGGUUGAGGAGCAGCUUGAGGAGGUUCAGGAGCAGCUGGAGCAGGUUGAGGAGCAGCUGGAGGAGGUUCAGGAGCAGCUGGAGGAGGUUCAGCUUGAGGAAGUUCAGGAGAAUGCAGAGGAGGUUCAGGAGCAGCUGGAGGAGCUGACCCUGGAUGAAGGAUGUUGAGACGAAAUGGAAAAAUACUCCGACUGGUUUUAUUCCUGCUUCUCUGAGACUCUGAUGGAGAUUUAACAACGUGACUGUAGCAGAGUUGGACUGACGAGAGCAACAUGAUGAUGAAGAUUAAAAUACUCUGUUCUCCUCAGUUUGAUGUUUAGUAAACUGUAAUUUGUCUUUUUGUUAUCACUCUUUUAUAUUGUGUGAGGUUUAUAAUGGUACAAAUCCCUCGUUUCUCUUCUCUUCACUAUUUCCUUGUCUCAUGUUUUCAUAAGGUGACUGUAAAUGUGAUGAAUGUUAAAUAUUUUCUGUUUAAUGUGAAAGUUCAGUUUUAAGUUUUGUCAGAGACUUUGCAGUGAUUUUCUCUGACGUUUCUAAAGAUGCUGUAAAUAGAAUGUGAAUAAAACAGUGACGUGA